AUGUCUUUUAUUGGCACCCAACAAAAGUGUAAGGCUUGUGACAAAACGGUUUAUCCCGUUGAUCAGUUAUCUGCUGAUGGCUCUGCAUACCAUAAAGCUUGCUUCAGGUGCUCUCAUUGCAAAGGAACCUUAAAGCUGAGCAACUAUUCCUCCAUGGAAGGUGUUCUUUACUGUAAGCCUCAUUAUGAGCAGCUCUUUAAAGAGACAGGCACUUUCAAGAAGAACUUCCAGUCAAUUGCAAAGCAAGCCGACAAGACGACUCCUGAGCUGACAAGGUCCCCUAGUAAAGCUGCUAGCAUGUUUUCUGGGACCCAAGAAAAGUGUGCUACAUGUGGCAAAACUGCUUAUCCAUUGGAAAAGGUAACAGUAGAAGGUCAGGCCUAUCACAAAUCAUGUUUCAAGUGUUCACAUGGUGGCUGUCCCAUAACGCCAUCAAAUUAUGCAGCCCUUGAGGGUGUUUUGUAUUGCAAGCACCAUUUCUCCCAGCUUUUUAAGGAAAAGGGGAGCUAUAAUCAUCUUAUUAAGUCUGCAUCAAUCAAACGUGCCGCAACCCCUGUUCCACAAUCUUGA